UUUACAGUAGUUAUUCAGUAGGAAGAUGAAUGUUACAUUCUCCUUCCAAAUCAACUAUAUCUAUCUAGAAUGUUUGGUUUUUUUGAAGCUGUAAUACAGUACAAAAUUGUUUUAUCUUGUAAUUGAUCCAUUAAUAUCCACACUGGAGUCAUAGUCCAAUGCCCAAUUUAUGUAGUUAUGUGCAUAAAUCAGAGGAAAGACAAUGUAUUAGGCGUACUGUUGGGAAUAAAAAUACAUUUGUAAUGUUCAAAGAAAAAACAAGUAGUCAAAAAGCAAGCUUACAAGGAGUUUCACUUGAAAAUACUGUGCCUUCAAAAAGUCAGCAGGAAUGUGUAUCACGACACCUGCGUGUGGGUACUGUAUGUGUGUGUGCUUGUCUGUCCUGGUAGUAGAGCAAGAGAUACAAACAAAAACAGGGACCCGCUCAUCAAAACAUUGAGCCAUAGAGGUAAUAAUGGUCAAAAACGCUAUAGUAUACCUUCAAGUAUGCAGGCCAUUUUAUGGUGUCCUGGAAGCUGGUUUCUCACACAGAUCAGCUGAAAAUACAGCUGAAAGGUGUCUGGUGUUGACAGGGCAUCCUCAUUGACAGUGUCUCCAGCAAUGAUUAAGUUGCUGCCUUAUUUCAUAACACUCCAUCAUACAGAUUCAGUAUAUGUUAUAACUUGGAUUUCAGCUUUAAAAAUUCACAGAGGUUUCGUGUGAUCAUCCUCGGGUAAACUUAACUGUUAACUUUGACCACAUAAACACCAAAACAUCCUGACUUGGUCAAGUGGCAACCAGAAGGUCAGCAGCAACAGAUCAGUUCAAACUACCAACAUCAUCAAGACAACUGAGGCAGAGUAAUGUUUGGCACACUACGGCAGUACUGACUGAGGGCUAAUACUGGGCUACGCCAGGGGAAAAGCAGAAAAGCUGUUCAGAUCAGGUAGAUGUUUAGGUCAUGGCUGAGGCAGGAAAGCUCUCUAGUGACAGCUGCUGGUCAGGUGGGGAAUGGCAGGGUCUGAAAAGACAGGACAGUUUGAAAGCAUAGAAGUGGCAUUGAUUGUUGGAGUUGGAAACAAAGGAUGAAGAAGAAGGAAGAUUAGCAGCAACCAUCACACAAUGUCACAUGUGUGUCCCAGGAAAAUUUUGGGUUUAAUUGAACUUAAAAUUGUUUGGCACACAUUAUGUCUGUCACUCAAUAUUAAUUUGUUAUUUUUGGAAUUCAAUAUUUCCUAAUAUGCAGAACUCUAAAUGCACUCUAAAUUCAAUGCAUGUAUGAAAUCUUACUUGUAAAUUCCAACUGCAAGUGAAUCCCUAUUUUAGUGUGCAAUUAUCCACUCUUUACCAGGACUUUGAUUUCUUCACAAAUAUUUCCAUUCUUCUUAUGUAAUUUAUUUUAAUGAUCCAGUCUUCCUAUUUCCCACAAUCAAUCAAAUUGAAUUGAUUGCAUUUUACUCCUUCAGGCCCUAAGUUUGAAGUUUACUUGAAACAUAGAGUUAUAUUAGAACUACCAUCAGUACAACUACUUAGUAGUGUCUAUCAGAUAAAUUCCAAUGAGGUGAAUACCACACCACACAGAAUUUGUUGUUACACAAAAAUCCAUCCUCACUGUUUCAAACCUAUAGUGUUAUUUGAAAUGAAAUUAAUUUACUUGUUUGAGGUGACUGAUUUAUUUUGGUAUUUUAGAAUGACGCCGCACCUAGACCUAAGGGAGUGUGUUACAAAACAACAGCAAUUAAAUUCCAGUUUGACAACAUGAGAUGAGAAUUUGACAAUCCCAGCAGUGGAUGUGUGUCAAUUUCAGGUACAUCAUGUUCUGCCCUGAAUGUGGGAUUCAAGUGGAAAAGUCCUAUAAAUUCUGUCCUGAGUGUGGCUUCAAGUUAUUUGCGUUGACUCAAAAUAGGACCCAAGAUGUGGCCACGCCAACACAUCAACAGUCAGUCACCACAGAGGAGAGGAACCAAAAGGAGAAGCCAGUCCAGGUUCCAAAAGACGUUAAAGAGGAACAAGAAAACACUGCCCAGUUUAAGGGGCAGCCGGCCAGUGAUGACUCAGAGCCAGCCAGAGAUGGUAGUACAAGACAGGACCUGUCAGAUAACACUUCCAGCUCAGCCACACCAGAAAUUAAAACCACGCCCUCAUCCCCCUACCAGACACCCUCAGAUGGCAAAUCAGUCACUACCAGGAAGUUAGUCACAGAGAGUUGCAAGGAGGAAGAGAGGCUAUCUGGUACAGCACAUGCUCUUGACAGUAAUGCUCAACCAUGUAGAGAGACAGCCUGUCUCAACAACCUGUCUGUUCCCACGUCACCACCCUCUCCUACACCUGCUUGUGAUGAAGUGACAGAGCAACAAACAGAGAUACCAUCAGAUAUUAGUACAGAAAACAGUCCCAAUGCAGUGCGAAUUCAUGAUGACAAGCCAAGUGACAAUCAUCCCGGGCCACUGUCUAAUUCUGCGUCAUCACUAACAUCAAUUCAAGAAACCAACACCUCUGCACCUGCAUUGUCUGAGCAAACACCUCAAGAAUCUGAUCUGGUGGCAAAACAGUCUGCUUCUGAACAGGAUAAAGAAAAGAGACUCUCACAUGAGAUACAAAAUCUCUCAGAGAGUCCAGAAGAUCACAUUAACCCUGAAGAGCGUACAUUCACUGAACAAACUCAGAGGAAGGAAGGCCAAGCUGAUGAGCCAAAUACCAAACAAAUUAAGUCUUUAGUUGAUCCAUGUUCAGUCACACAGGAGACAGCCAAAAACAUAGAGGGGCAGUUGGCCAGUGACAACUUGGGGUCAGCCAUGGGUCAUGUUUCACCACAGGACACAACAGCCACUAUGGAAACCAGAACUUCACCCUCAUCCCUCCACCAAAAACUCUCAGAUCGCGAAUUAGACAGUAACAGUCAACCAGAGCAACAAACAGAGACACCAUCAGAUAUUAGUACAGAAAACAGUCCCAAUGCAGUGCGAAUUCAUGAUGACAAGCCAAGUGACAAUCAUCCCGGGCCACUGUCUAAUUCUGCGUCAUCACUAACAUCAACUCAAGAAACCAACACCUCUGCACCUGCAUUGUCUGAGCAAACACCUCAAGAAUCUGAUCUGGUGGCAAAACAGUCUGCUUCUGAACAGGAUAAAGAAAAGAGACUCUCACAUGAGAUACAAAAUCUCUCAGAGAGUCCAGAAGAUCACAUUAACCCUGAAGAGCGUACAUUCACUGAACAAACUCAGAGGAAGGAAGGCCAAGCUGAUGAGCCAAAUACCAAACAAAUUAAGUCUUCAGUUGAUCCAUGUUCAGUCACACAGGAGACAGCCAAAAACAUAGAGGGGCAGUUGGCCAGUGACAACUUGGGGUCAGCCAUGGGUCAUGUUUCACCACAGGACACAACAGCCACUAUGGAAACCAGAACUUCACCCUCAUUCCUCCACCAAAAACUCUCAGAUCGCGAAUUAGACAGUCAACCAGAGCAACAAACAGAGGCACCAUCAGAUAUUAAUCCAGGAAACAGCCCUGAUGUUGUGACAGUUCCUGCUGAUAAGCAAAGUGACAUUCAUUCCAGGAAAUUGUCUAACUCUGUGUCAUCACAAAGAUCAACAAAAGAAACCAUCUCUACUGCACCUGAAGUGCCUGAGCAAACACCUGACAAGCAAACUUCCCCUGAAAUAAAGACAACCUCUCAUGAGACACAGAAUUUGUCUGAGAGGCCAGAUGAGUCUAGUAAUGAGAGUCGCACCAACAUGGAAAUACAGUCAAUCACUAAACAAACAGACAGGAAAGAAGACAAAGCUGCUGGAAAGAAGGCUGCGGACACCAAAUCAGAUGGGAAAACAAACACACACCUUACAAAGAGACAGGAGCAGCAACCAGGCAACAGUAAUGUAGAUGUCUCCAGGUCACUGACACCUUCCAGUCCUCCCAGCCAGAGUGAUGCUGAAGGUGGUCAGCUAGUGGCAGCAGACAUCUCGAAAAAGGCCAUUGAACCUCAGACACCACAAAUUUCAUCAAUCAGUGAAUGUAUACCUGUGUACUUCCAUGUUGUCACUUCCAAAGACUUCCAUUUGGAUCCAGGGAAGGACUUGGUUAUUCUAAAAUCUGAAAAAAUAUUUGGAAACUGGGAUGCUGGCAAGGAAAUGACCUUCUCUAAGUCUCUAGGGGACAAGAGGUAUCUUGUUGAGCAACGGCUUUUGAUUCCCAAAAACAUUAUUCAUGAGAGCAUACCUUACAAAUAUACUGUUCACAAGAACCGUGGAAAAAACGAUGAGGUUAUGUAUGAGACCAUCUAUCAGAAAGAAGGAAAUCUUCUCAUCAAUAGGUGCCUGUCAAUCAAAAGGAAUCUAUUGACACACAAAGGCGAGUGGCACCAGUAUGAUGAUGUCAUCCAUUUUGAUGUGAAGAAGAAAUUCUGGGCUUUCUGGCAAUCUACCCAAGAAGCUGUAAUGAAAGGAAGAGACCAGGCUGGCAGGGAAAUGCUAAAAAUAAUCUUUGAUCUUCUUACAACCUGGAAUGAACAAAAUGUGGACGACUUCUUUUUCCUGCUAAGACAGUUCAUUGAAGCAUACAGCUAUCCACUACUUCAUGAUGGCAUGGAAAGACCAUGGGGAUUACCGUAUGGUCCAGAACAGGUGAAAAUCCUGCUUAAAAGUUUUCUGGAGGAAAACAUCUAUCCCAUGUCCAGAAAGGGGAGAGAAAAAACAGAAUCCCUCUUACCACCUCUGCAUGCAGGAGUUAUUGGUUUGCUUGUUUACAACAAGCAUCUGAGAGAACACAUGACAGAUCAACAGAUAUCUAAUCUAUGUGAUCUUCUUUGCCUGCCUAAGAAGCCAGCACACCAUUUUCGCUCUUUCUGGAAAGACUUUGAAAGCCCUUUACCAGAUAAGAAACGUGUUGCGGAUGCUGUUGAGAUUCUUUGCAACAGUGCUAGUCAACGCCGGAUUGAGAAGUGGGUCUUGGUCAUUCCUCUGAUUCACCUACUGAGAGGAGAAAGCAAGCCAUUUGAGCCAGUUCCACCUGUCUUGAACCCAGAGUUUGACUCCUGGAGUGGCUUGAGGGGGAGCAAGGGAACAAAUAUGUACAGAGACACAAGGAGUCUGAUCGGAAUCAUGAAAGACCAUGCAUACCUGGUGGACAUCGAUCAUUUUCUUGCCCACUCUUGGAUGUCUCUGCUGAGUUUGGAUGAUCUGAUGAGCUUCAUGUCCCGUGUGCCAGUGGAGCUCCCUGACAUUCUGCUUCGUCUGCAUUUCAGUGUCAGAUCUGGUAUAACUCACUCCGACUACAGGACUUUGGAAGAAUUGGCAUCCCAUCUCAUCAAAAAAGAAAGCCAUCGCAAUAAUAGUUUUGAUGACAAAUACGGAGAGUGUUGCCUGAAAACUGCAGUAAGGCUUCUUGGUUCUAUCUGCCGUAAAACAACAGAUCCAGGUCGCUGUGAUAUCCCUCUUAUCUUCCUUGAACUUGUCUGUCUGAUUGCAAAGUCAUAUGACUACACUGAUUCCCAGUCAAGAGAGAGGAUUCAUGAAGAGUCAGUCGGGGAGACAUUAAAAACAAUGAGGGAAUGGCGGAGAACUACCUUCAAAAACAAAUUGCUGAAUGAAUGGAAUCGUACACAAUUUUCUGUACCACAUGAAAUUGAGGUAUGGAACAAGUUACUCUCACUAUCCUUCAGUCAUGAGCAACAUACUUCAUUCUGGAGAACCACCUUCAUGGAGGAUUUUGAAGGAAAGUUAAAACAGGAACACCCAGUGAAUCAAAUUGGAAUCUACUCUAACAAGAUGGAAGAACUGAGCAAGACAAGUCCAGUGCUAUGCAGGUCAAUGGAGAAAUGUGCUUUGGAGGCGAUUGCAGCCAUUUGUCAGGAUAAAUCUGGCAGAAAUGUUUCAGCUCUAUUGGAGAGACAUGAUAUCACAAAGUUUGGGAAGCUGAUGUCUGUUGUUGUGCUGAAGUCAUGGCCCACAGAUGCCAAAGGAGAUUACAUUGAAGGAGAGGACUUGAUAUUUGAGUACCUUUUAAAUUGGCCCAUGGCCAAAACUGUCUUCCAAAUGGCAGGUGCAAGAGAAGGACUGAUUGACAAAUUGUCAGAUGAAGCUCAAAUCAGGAUGACUUUGGCGAGUUCAGCAUUCAAAUCUGUAUCAGAGAAGUUCCUCAGUGGGGAAAUUCAAAUGAAAACUUUAGACCAGAUCCUCCAGAGAGAACGAGAAUUUGUUGACUUGCUGAAGAUAGAUGGCCUCUGUGAUGAUGGUCGUUGUAAAGAUGACAGAAACAUGAGACGGUUACUGAGACUAAGAAACGAGGAAGCAGAAGCUGUCCACAAUGAGAAGGAGCUGGUCAGAAGUCUUCUGCAAAUCUGCCAGGAGCUUCCACAACAUGUCAAAGUUGACUUCAUGGGGUUGGACAUAAAACUUCAUCAGAAAACUGAGAUGAUGAAUCUGAAUGAAUUUAUGAAGGUUCUCACUCUUGAUGGACAGUGCCCUCCUACGGUUGGGCAGGUCACUUAUUUCGACCUUUGUGAUAUCACCCGACAAAUGGCUUCAGAACUGCGUUCCAUUAAAGACAGCUCAAUCUUCAAAGUGUGCUGGAUGAACCGAGUGGAUGAGCUGUCAAGAGACCAACCUGAUACUGAUGAUACUGAACAUCUCGAUGGGAAUGAAGAAAUCUACACUCUCGACCUGGUCUACAGCAAAAUAUUCCAGAGCUGCUACAGCAAGUACAAAGGGCUCUAUGAUGGUCUGAAGAGUGGGGAAUUGUUACUGGAGGAAAUAGACAGCCUCUUUGAGGACUAUAAAGGAAAUUACGAAGACUUGCGAAAAGAUUUACAGAUCAUGUGCAGAACAAAUCCAUCUGAUAACAGAAGAUGGAUCACAGAAAGAAUUAACCAGAUUCAACAGUACCAGGAUCUUCAUGUUGCAAUGGACACUGCCAAAAUCAUCAUGGAUAUCAGGAACACAAUAUGUCCGGAAGGAGACUUCAAAGUGCUGGAGAAAUUGCUGCAAAUGAAUCAAGCUGACUUCAAGAAAAACAGCCUGAAUUGCAUAGAUGAUACCUUCAUAAAUGCAAAACAUAUCCUGAAGGACAUUACAGAUAAUCGCAGGGAAUGUCUUCAGCAACUCAGUCUGACAUCAGAGUUUGUCCAGUGGGUUAAAAAGGCACUUGAAGAUAUCAAUGAGCUGAAAGUUUUUGUUGACCUGGCAUCCAUCUCUGCUGGAGAAAAUGACCUGGAUGUGGAUCGAGUGGCCUGUUUCCAUGAUGCUGUUCUUGGUUACUCAUCCAUAUUGUAUGGACUGAAGGAGGACUCUGAUUUUAAGGCCUUCAAUGAGUCGUUGUCAAAAUUGUGGAAAGCACUUGAAAAUGACAGAAAUAUACCAAAGAAGCUGCGGGAUACAGCACGGCAUCUGGAGUGGUUAAAAACUGUUAAGGAAAGCCAUGGAUCUGUUGAAUUUUCAUCUCUGUCCCUGGCUACAUCCAUCAAUGAGAGAGGGAUAUACAUCAUCAAGGCCCAGAACCAGAAAAAGCUAAUUUUAGAGACUUCACUGAUGCUGCAAAUUCAGGAUGGACCUGAAGAAAACAUGACAUGCACCUAUGAUGACCUGAAAGAGUUGCAAAACAAACUCAUGCUCAUGUCUGGAAGAGGGGAACAAAAUCAGAGUGAGGUGGAAUGCUUCGCUGAGGUGUUUGACAACGUCCAGAGGCUUGCAAAAGUAUUUGUAGACCUUUAUGCUGCAGGGAACCCACUCUUCAGGUUUUGGGAAGCUAAGAUUUAUUGCAAAACUCGGAGUGGCCCAUGUAUCAUUAUGGAAAUCAACUUUUGCAAGACUGUGCAUCACAUCGAAGUAUGUGGAAGUCUGGUUGAACAACUUACAGCUCUGUCCAAGAAGAUGGAGUUGUUUCUUGAUGACUGGCAGAACUUCAUGAACAAACAGAGAUCUGAUCACUACUACUUAAACUUCUUCACGGCAGAACAAAUAUCCUACCUGUGCAGUGUUGUGACUCCAACAAAUGAGAAUGCAGUAAUAGAGGACAAAGCUUUGAUGAUGCUCUCUUUCAUCAAACCAAACUGCACAACAUCAGAUGUCUGGAGCACAUGGAGAAGGUUUCACAACCAAUUUGAGCCUGGCAAAAGGGUCAACGAAGAUAUUCCAUUUCAAAGUCACUUUCUUCACCAGGAUGACAUGACUAUGUCAUCAGCCAAUAUGAGUCAAGUUACAACUGAUGAUCCAGCAGAAAAGGCAGAACAGACUGUUGGUUUGAAAGAACUGGAAGAGUUGUGGAAUGCCUACAUGAAGAACGAGGGAAUAUUUUUCCAUGAUCUUUUGGACAUAAGGAGUUUAGGGGGUCUGUUAAAAAUGAUGACUGACACAGAAUACCAAAAUGAAGAUGAAUGGGAGGAAACAAUACUCUCAGACACAAAAGACAAUUCACUCAGAAGAAUACUCCCAAAAGGCCUUGUCUCAAACCAACCUAAUCUCAUAAUCUGCCCACAAGAUGAGGUCCUGACUUCAAGUAUCUGCUUAUACAUGACCAAUGACUAUGAGCCACUGCCGAGUUAUGAUGAGGUUCUCUUAUGUACCCCUGCAACAUCAUAUGAGCAAGUAGAGCUUUUCCUGAGGAGAUGUCUCACACCAGGUGACUUUGGCCAGAAGAUUUACACAAUGCUUCGAGCAGACCAACUAAGCUAUGAAGUUAGCUGUGCAAUGGAGAAGUGUUUUCAGAAACUGCGUUCCCUGUUUAAACAUGAAUACAGGCUGGUGAUCUACUGCAGCUCUGACAGGGAGCACACUUACAUUCCUACUGUAUUCAGUCAGUUCAAAAGAGACUUUGUGCCAAAAGAGUCAUUGGAAAGGAUCCAGAAGUACUUGUCCCAGCAUUACACUGUCCCCUCGGAUCACAAGAAUGCUGUGUUCAAAGGUGGCCAUUCUGUUGGCAUUGUUGCUUCUAGACGUGCAGGAGUUGGCAAGUCACUGUAUGUCCAAAGAUUGUAUGAAAAGCUGGAGGAAAAUGUAGAACAAGGAACUGCAUUCAAGAAGUGUAUCCGCUUAACUGAACAUGAGGUCAAUGACCACAAAGUUCUCCAGUCUUUGUAUGACUCACCAAAACAGAAAGAUCUCAAGAUGUUUCACUUUGAUGUCACAUCCUCGGUGCAAAAAGGCUUGAAUGAAUUCCUAUUCAAGCUUUUGUUUUUGCGUUACCUGAUGGAUUCAGAUGGAUGGAUGUGGCGCUGCAGCCACAAACACUUGUAUAUCAUCGAAUUACUGGAAUCCACAAAUGAUCAGCCAAGAUAUGCCCCCAGAUCUGGACGAAAGGAAAACUUUGCAUUCUUGGAGGUUUUCCCGAAGGUGAUUUGCCGUCCACCAAAGGAAGUUAUGGCUUUGGAGAUGAGGAGAGAAGAAAUCACUGACAUGGAGAGUGACGACCCCCUCAUGGAUGAUAAAUGUUUCCGGAGUGAAGCAUAUCAAAGACCAUACCAGUACCUCACACGUUUUUACAACAAUGACAAUCUUGACAACUUCACUUACCAAGGAAUUGAAGGGACUCAUGCAAAAUGUCUCCAGAUACUGCUAAUCUACUGUGGCAUAUUAGAUCCUUCAUGGGCGGAGCUACGUAACUUUGUCUGGUUCCUUAAUCUGCAGUUACAAGACUGUGAGAAUUCAGUCUUCUGCAAAUUUGAGUUUGUUGGAGACACUCUACGUGGGUUCAAAAACUUUGUGGUUGAGUUCAUGAUCUUGAUGUCCAAAGACUUCGCAACCCCAUCACUGUGCAUUACUGACCAGAGCCUAGGGAGGCAACAAAUAGACACCAGUGGGCUUAAUGAAAGAGAUUUAGCUCCAUUCCUCAUUAGAAAAAGGUGGGAAUCUGAGCCACAUCCAUACAUCUUUUUUAAUGAUGACCACAUGUCCAUGACUUUCAUUGGGUUUCACCUUGAGCCUAAUGACCAGAAUGGGGUUGAUGCCAUAAAUCCCUUAACAGGCAAUGUGAUAAAGAGAAACAUCAUGACUCAAGACCUGUACACUGGCUUAAAACUUCAGAGAGUCCCUUUUAAUAGGGACUUUGAUCAACUUCCUCGAGCUGACAAGAUUGAGCAUCUAUGCAGUGUGCUUGGCAUCAAGUGGCCAACAGAUCCUGAUGAAACAUAUGAACUGACAACUGAUAAUAUCCUCAAAAUGAUGGCAAUCCAUAUGAGAUUUAGGUGUGGUAUCCCGGUCAUUAUAAUGGGUGAAACAGGAUGUGGUAAGACGAGGCUCAUCAAGUUUAUGUGUGAGUUGAGAAGAUGUGGAGCACCAGCAGAAAACAUGAAACUGGUCAAGGUUCAUGGAGGAACUACAUCAGAAAUGAUAUAUGAGAAAGUGGCGGAAGCAGAAACUCUUGCAAGGACCAAUAAAGAGAAUCAUGAAUUUGACUCAGUUCUUUUCUUUGAUGAGGCAAACACCACAGAAGCAAUCAGCAGCAUCAAGGAGAUCCUUUGUGAUAACUCUGUGCAGGGACAACAACUUGGCUGUCAAACAGGACUACAGAUAAUUGCUGCAUGCAACCCCUACAGGAAGCAUACAGAGAAGAUGAUUGAGAGGCUAGAGGCAUCUGGAUUGGGCUACCGUGUCAGGGCUGAGGAGACUGAAGACAGACUUGGAUCCAUCCCUCUCAGACAGCUUGUGUAUCGUGUUCAUGCGUUACCCCCUAGCAUGAUUCCUCUUGUUUGGGACUUUGGGCAGCUCAAUGACUCAACAGAGCAAAUGUACAUUGAACAAAUAGUGCAAAGACAGGCCAGGGCCAACUUGAUUGAGAAUCGUUAUAUUCCAACUAUAACUAAGGUGUUAUCAUCAUCACAGAAGUUCAUGAGGGAAAGGAAAGAUGAAUGCAGCUUUGUCAGCCUGAGGGAUGUUGAACGCUGUAUGCAUGUCUUUGUGUGGUUCCACAAAAAUCACUCCAUGUUUGCUGAGGAACUGAGAACAUUCCUACAGAGGAAAAAAAACAAGCCAUCAUUUUCACCUGCUAGUGACAGAGUAAUAUGGUCACUCUUGAUGGCCACUGGAGUGUGCUAUCAGUCCUGUUUGGAAGACAAAAGGCCAUAUCAGAGAACUAUAAGCCUGUUGCUUUCUCAUGAAUAUGACGUACAGAGAGUACAGGAGGAAAUCCAACUCAUGCACGACCUCCUACUCAAUGGUGUGCCCAUGGGUAAGACAAUAGCCAGAAAUGAUGCUUUGAAAGAAAAUUUCUUCAUGAUGGUGAUCUGUGUUGAGCUAAGAAUUCCCCUGUUUAUUGUUGGGAAACCAGGGAGCUCCAAAUCACUGUCUAAAACCCUAGUUGCAGAUGCAAUGCAGGGCCCUGCAUCACAUUCUGAACUUUACAAGAGGCUGAAGCAGAUACAUCUGGUGUCUUUCCAGUGCAGCCCUCAUUCAACUCCUGAAGGAAUCAUCAACACAUUCAAACAGUGUUCCCGCUUUCAAGAAAGUAAAAACUUGGAUGAAUACAUUUCCGUAGUUGUUCUUGAUGAGAUUGGAUUGGCUGAAGAUUCGCCUAAAAUGCCACUGAAAACACUUCACCCAUUACUGGAAGAGGGCUGCGUCGAUGAUGAGCCACUACCUUAUAAAAGGGUUGGGUUCAUUGGAAUUUCCAACUGGGCACUUGACCCUGCCAAGAUGAAUCGUGGAAUAUUUGUGUCCCGUGGAGACCCAAACCAGAAAGAGCUCAUCAAAAGUGCAAAGGGGAUAUGUUCAUCUGAAGAAAAGGUUCUUGAAAAGAUCAAACACCUCUUUCCGCCCUUUGCAAAAGCAUAUAUGACAGUAUGCAAAGAAGGCAAAGGUUUUUUUGGUCUGCGGGAUUUCUACAGUCUGAUAAAGAUGGUAUUUUCAAUUACCAAAGUCUUUAAUAAGUGUCCUACUGCAGAUCAAAUCACUGGAGCAGUCCUGAGAAACUUCAGCGGAAAGGAUGAUGUUGAUGUGAUGACCAUAUUCAGCACAGAACUCAGAGAUGAGUUUGCACAUGCCAACAUUUCCACCAUUGAUUUGGUUGAGCAAAGCAUCUCUCCUGCUCUCCAAGUUGAGCAAAGUGCCAUCGAUUUGGCAAAACAAAACAUCUCUCCAUUUUGCCAAGAACAAGAAAGUCGUUACCUACUAAUUCUCACAAAAAACUAUGCUGCUCUUCAGAUUCUCCAACAGAUCUUCUUCUCUCACCAAAUCCAUCCAGAGAUCAUCUUUGGGUCCAGUUUCCCAAAGGAUCAGGAGUACACGCAGAUUUGUAGGAACAUUAAUCGUGUCAAGGUUUGCAUGGAGACAGGACAGACAGUUGUACUUCUGAACCUUCAGAAUCUGUACGAAAGUCUGUAUGAUGCUCUCAACCAAUACUAUGUGACCCUGGGGGGUCAAAAGUAUGUUGAUCUUGGAUUAGGAACGCAUCGUGUGAAAUGCAGAGUUCACAAAAACUUCAGGCUCAUUGUCAUUGAGGAGAAAGAGGUGGUCUAUGAGCAAUUUCCAAUCCCACUGAUUAACAGGUUGGAGAAACACUAUCUUGACAUCAACACUGUUCUCAGAGAUGAGCAGAAAGGCAUUGCCAGACAGCUACAGAAAUGGGUUGAUGAUUUUAUCUCCUUAAGCAGUCAACACUCCACAGAAAAGCAAUACACUCCAAGUGAUGUCUUCAUCGGCUACCACUCAGACACAUGCUCCUCUGUGGUCCUGCAAAUAACAGAGAAUCAAAGUGUUGAAACAGAAGCUCAGGCCAUUCUGAAGAAAGCCAAAGACAUUCUGCUCAACUGUGCCACUCCAGACUCUGUUGUUCGUCUGGACAAAUCCAGACUGCCAGAUGAAGAAGUAGAACAGUUAAUGAAAGAAUACAUUAGAGAGGAGAUGCACAGUUCAUUGGGAGACUACAUUGUCUAUCACACACAGCAGGAGAAGCAGUCCAACUUCUUCACGGAGGUAACAACAUUCUCCAGGCUACUGACUGCAACAGACACUCAGCAACUGCAGAGUAUGGUGAAGCUUGAUGAUAUCAAGUUGCUAUCACUGUACCAGUUUGACACAGAGUACUCUUUCCUCAAGAAAAUCAGGGAAUUUCUUGGCUCAGCAGCUGCAGACAAAGUGCUCAUUAUUCAAACAGACUAUGAUGAAGACUCCCACAGAGGGAAUAUUCUUUCCUCAGCCAAGUAUUCAUGCAUCAACGAAAUAAACAAGUGGGCCACUACUGACAACACAAAGACAUUUGUGUACUUUGUCACCAAACUUCCUCGAAUGGAGGGUGGGACCUCCUAUGUUGGCUUUCAAGGCGGUCCUUGGAGGUCUGUUCACAUUGAUGAUCUCAGAAGAUCAAAAGAGUUUGUGUCUGAUGUUCAUUCCUUGAAAAACCUUCGCAUAAGUGAUCUUUUUGAAGAUCCACCUGAGGCCAUGGAGACAGAAGACCUCACCGGUGUGACACAAAAUGAUUACUCCACUGUUUUGGGAGAUUUGUUUAAUACAACAGAUCUGGUUAGGAGUUGUGUUCAGAGCGCAGUCAGCAUGCUCAGAGAUGCAGCAGACAGUGGAGAACUCAGCACUAAGAGAGUUGAAAACCUGCUCACACUUCUGGAUGAAAAUGAGACACAAGGUAUGUUUGUGAACAUUGUGAGGAAGCGUCUCCACUCGCUGUUAGAGGAGUAUGAGGCCAAAAUCCAUAAUCCAAAAAACUGGGUUCUAAGGGAGGCAUCUAAUGUCAAUGCUCUUCAAGAAGGGGGAACGUUCCUACACACACUGUGGAGGAAAAUCCAAGCAGUUGUCACUCCACUUCUAGCCAACUUGGUCUCAGUCAUUGAUCGAGAUUGCAAUUUGGACCUUCUGCUGGAUAGUGGGGAAGACAUCAGAAACCUAUGGCUUGAGAUAUUUGCCAGCAAAGAGGUGCUCAAUGUACCUUAUGUGAGAGUGGAAAACUCCACAGUCUUGAUGGUACAAAGCCAUAUCAUAGGUGGCAGCACCAUGCGCUGCGUAAUGCCAUUCAGCUGGUGGAUCAAAGACUUCUUGGAUGGGCUCAUGAUGCAAACAUCCAGACAUGAAAAACAUUUGCAUGGUCGUUUCCAUGAGCUGUUCUUGAACACUCCACUUGGCAGUUACAUGGCGAAAAAUGUGAAUGAAAAAAUGAAGAAAGAAUUUUUCGAAAGGUACCUGCAGGAUUUUGUCUCCAUGACAAUGAAAGUGGCAUCAAAUGAAGAAUUACAGCUCUUGCGUCAGGCCCUGGCCAGCUGCGUUGAUGAAGUAUGGAGACGAAAAAGAGAUGAAGAUCAGCUCUCUCUUCCUCACAUCCAUAUCGCCUACCAUUGCUACCAAAGUCGUCUCCAGAACCUCUCGCGGAUGAUUUCUCUUCGGCCUGAAAUCGUUUCUCCUUUGCAAAGAAACCCCCAGAUUAGACAUUGUCCAGAGAUGGUUUUGGAUGUCCAUGCAGCCAUGGCAUGUGUUGAAAGCCUAGACUGUCCUACGUUAGAUACUGAUGCUCUCUGCCAGCAGUGGCUGAAGGAGGUGAAGAGGCUGCAAGCCUCUUUGGAGUUGAUUUGCUCCCAACAAUUGCAAUUACGAUACAAAGAAAGACUCCAUGAUGUCCGUAAUGGCUGGAGGCGCAUUUACAUCCUCUCAUUGUUUGUGGAACACAUGCUGCUGGGUUUCCAAAAUGAAGAGAAGCAACUCAGAACACUGGUCCUGAAUCACUUUCAAACAUUAAGCAGGGUUCUGGCGGGAAACUCAGAUGUGAAAUCCAAUACGGCUUUUAAAGCUGUGAUUGAAGUGUUGAAGUCCUGUAAGCAGGGAGCAAGUGAUCAGAUUUUCAGGUUUGGACUUCAGUGUGGGGUGUGCAUAAGAGAGCCUCAAGACCCUGUGGGGCUGCCAUGUCAUCACAUCUACUGCUCAACAUGCAUCAGGGCAAGCCUUGAUGCAGGACAAACCUCUUGUCCCAUUUGCAGGCAAGAAUUACCCAAUGACUUUCAGCCACACGUGUCUGAAGAUAUCAGGGCCUCUAUCAAGAAAAAUGCAGAAUUCAGGCAGCAUUGCAAUGGUUUCUUCAUUGAUCUUCUCUCCACUGUGUGCUUCAAGGACAACAGGCCACCAGCCAAAGGUGUCAUCACCCACCUGUUGUCCUACCUGAUGGUUGAGACAGAACAUGAACAGAUUCACACCAAAGAUCUGUCGCCUUUUGACGAGUCCCUAGAUAAAAACCCAGUCGUGCGAUCUGUGAUCCUCAAGCUGCUGCUGAAGUUCAGCUUCGAAGAAGUCAAAGAAUAUUUGCAGCAGCAUUUGUCAUCUGUUGAAGACAGCAAAUUUGUGGACGAGGGGGAUAAAGCAGAGCUUUAUGCCUUGUACAUCAACUGCUUAGAGGACUCCAUGUGGGAGAAAAUGCCUCAGGAAGGCAACAAGGCUGAAGCAUUGAGGCCAUGUUACGAUGACGAAACACAAUUCCUGCACUUCUUUUUGGCUGAAGUCGCUUCUGUUCCAGCAACAGUGUCUAUUCAACAUCUGCAGCACAUUGCACAAUUGCGUCUUUCACUCACCAUGGCUGCCCAGCUCAUCAGUGACAAUCUGUCUGAGAACAAUGUCCCAGAUAGAGCAGAAGAUUUCGUGAACAUGGUGAUUAAGCUCUGUGAAGAGAGUGGGAAUGAUUGGUUCCGUGUUUACCUGAUCCGCAAGCUAAGUGAAUGGCAGGGUGUCGAGCUUGUCCAGACGCUGGUGAAACAGCCAAAGUUCAGCUGGCUUUUCCCUGCAGAGGUCCAUCAACAGAAUAAAGAUGGAGGCCAGAUGGACCAGUAUCUUGUGUAUGGAGAUGAAUACAAGGCGGUGAGGGAUGCUGUUGCCAAGGCAGUAGUGGAUGGUGAUGUUGAGCAGAUAGAAGAAGCCUGUGAGAAAUGCACUGCGCCACCAAGGAAUCGGACAAUGUUCAUCCUCCUGGCACUUUUCCGCGAGGUUACAACUCUGUACCGAUCUGUAAAUACAGGUCUUCAUCCCACCCCUGAGCGAUGCCAAGCAUUUGGAGACCUCAUCCAGGGCUCAAGGUUUCUGCAUCAAAGAGAAGUGAGGGAUUUUGCCUCAGCCUUGGUUCACAACAGGUUGGGAGCUUUGGCCAUCCACCCUGGUCAUACUAUUGUGGAUAACACUGUCAUAGAACUGACUGUCCACCUGUCAGCUGUGCUGUUAACUGGGACUCAACCCCUGCUGAGGCCACUUCAGCAACUUGGUCUGUCACCUGAAAAUAUGCAGAUGGCUUUUAUACCCACAAUGCCUGAUGAUAUGUUAGCUGUUGCUCAAGCAGUCAUACAACAAGACUAUGGGCAGCUCACUUGGUAUGUGUGUCCGAAUAAUCACCCAUGCUUUGUUGAUGAGUGUGGCCUGCCCAUGCAGAAAGGCAAAUGUCUGGAGUGUGGCCAUGAGGUUGGAGGGGAGCAUCAUGUUGCCCUGCCUCAAUUCAGACCCAUUCAACUGCAGCAUGAUCGUACAAGGCCUGGCCACAUCCUGGGAGACCCUGAGCGAAGAAGCGACCCAGACACCCUGGACACCAAAAACAUGUCUUUGACUCCCUUCACUCUGGUCAGGCUGGUUACACAUUUGGCCAUGCUGCUGGGGACCUCAGAGAAGGCGCAGUAUGUCCAGCAGAUCAUCCAGCCACCUGUGGAGGACGUUUGCUCUUUUCUCACCCUACACAUAAUAAAGGAUCUGGAUCAGCUGUCCCAGGCACUGGGAAGAGGAGCUGACGACACUGUAACGACUGUCCACUUGGUGCUCAGAUCCCUGUUGGAACCAGUACAGACAGAUCACACCGAUCCUCACCUGACAACAAAAGCAUCCAGGAACACCUGGGAGACGACUGUGGCUGCAGAAAUUAUGACGCCCCAGGUGAAGGAUCUUGAUCAGUUCCUACAAGAAGCACAAGGCAGCAUCAGGACUGACUCCCGUGUUUCUUCCAACUUCAUUAUGAGGACGACUUUUGGUGAUGAUUGUACCUUCCUGACGUCGCUGCCGCAGGGCUCUCAGGUCCACAGCUCAGCGGUGUGGAGCUGCAGAGAGAGGCUCUCAUUGCUCAGCCUCACACACAUUGUGGAGUAUAAUGACCAAAAGGAGGAGCUGCCUUUGCUCUGGAAGUUCCUGCAGAAGGAAAGAGAAUUUCGCCAGAUUAAGCUUCUUCCAGAUAUCCUAAUCCUGCAGAAACGUUUGGUGAGAAAGUUCCAGAACGCAUCUGACCAGAUAGUGGGCUCCAUCGGAGAGUUCAUUGAGAAGCAAACAGAAAUGAGGUCAUGGUUUGAAAAACACAUCGACAUCUUCCUGAAAACGUGGAAUCUGCUCAGAGUGUCUGUAACCAGCAAUGAGAUGAAGAUCCCAGAUGAAUUUUGCAGUGAGGAUUUGGACCUGAACAGCGACCUGCAGUACCUCUUGCCCCGGCGGCAGGGUCCAGGCCUGUGCACCACAGGGUUGGUCAGCUACCUGGUGGCGCUCCACAAUGAGCUGGUCAACACUGUGGACAGCCACACUGGAGAGGACAGCAGCAGCAGCUACAGGGUGAGUGUGGCGGAGCUAACUGAGCAGCAUGUGAUCAGCUAUGAGGUGGAGAAGGACCUGCUUCCUCUGGUUUUAUCCAACUGCCAGUACAGUUUAGAGCAUGGCCAUGAGACAAUAUCACAGUAUGACCUGCCCAGGAUCCAGCAGCAGAUCCUCACCCGUUUCCUGCAAGGAAAACCCCUCAUCAAUCGCACAGGAAUUCCGACUCUGGUCAACACACAAGAGAGAGACUAUGAAACCGUCUUCAAAGCUGUUAAAGGAAAAGUGCCUCAGGAGGCGCUGUCUUCUCUGAUCCGAACUGGCCUGUCCAGAGAGCUGGACUCCUACAGCGAGGUGUGUGAGGCGCUCAAGAUUGUGGAGCUGCUCCUGGGAUUCCUCACCAUGACUGGUGGUGAUCCCAAAUAUCCUCUGGUCGCUUACCUCCAGGACAUGCUGAAGAUGGCCGACCACAUCGAUCGCCACAUCUUACAGGCUCUGGGCAGAUGUACUCUCAGACACUGUAUUUCUCUGUGGCAACUCCUCUCCUCCCUCAAAUCUGAAAACAUGUUGCGUCUUAAGAGGGAGCCAUUUUCCGGGUAUCCAGCGGAGUACCAGAAGCAGUUGACAGAAGAGGACAAGAAUCAGCUGAAAGGCUUCGUGUCCAGAGGAAACGUGGAUCAAUGGCUGCUUGAGAUGCAUGAGUUCAUCUUGUUAAAUCUGGGCCGCCCACAGUCCAUUGGCAACUACCAGCCAUUCUGGAGUGUGAAAGAUACUUUGGUUGCCUACAUGGACCGUAAAGAAGAAGAGGUGCCUGCUUACUUGGAAGACAAGUUCCCUGAAAAUCUGUUGCUCUCCCAGAUUGUGGAAACUUGGAAAUGCUCUGUCAUUGCCAAACAGGACUGGAUGAUGAAUGGAUGAAUUAGAUUAGUUUAAAGAGAUUUGAGAUCAUCAGAUUAAUUUCUGAAUCAUAUUCUUGAAGUUAAUUUUACUUUUAUUUUUUUAUUUUUUCUGUUUUUAUUAAUUUUUCUCUGAUGAUGUGCAUGAAACGGCUCCAAAAAUACAAUCAAGCCUAUCAAGAUGAUUAAACUUGAGCACACACUGCCUUAAAUAUAGUUUGUUUACUAUGAGCCAACUGCUUAUUUACUGCCUAGUACUAGAAUAAUAGAAAUGUUUUCAAGAAUUAUGGUCGGAGUCUUGUUUAAAAAAAAAAAAAAAAAAAAACUCUAUUCAAAAUCUAUUCAGGGAAAUUAUGUAUGACUUUGAAAAGCACAAGUGUGUCUGUUUUUUGUUUCAGGAUUAUUCUUAUAUUUUUCAGGAUAAAAGUUAUUUUCCUAUUUACCAAAGAAAUCUGUGAAGAAAAAAAUAUACUGAUAUUUUCUCACAAUGAAGUAAUGUACUCUCAACGUAAACCUCAGUUAAUAAAAUUAUUAAUCAAGUA